AUGAACUCGAAGAAUGACGUUGCCGAAAGUCUGCUGUGUGGGGGCGAGGACAUUUCGGCGCUCGUCGUCGACAUGGGGUUCAGCACGACAAAAAUUGGCCACAACCAGGAAGACACACCGAGGGUGUUUUUGAGAAGUACCUGUGGGGAGGAUGUAUCACCUGAAGGGAAUACUACCCCCCCAGGGCAAGCAGGCAUUAACGGUGCUGUCAACGGAAGUGUCCUUGACGAUCGGUACCCGAAGUUGAAAUUUCCUCUGAACCUAAAUAACCCUAAAGAACACAUUCGGAUAAAACCUCUAUUUGAAAAGAAUCCAGUGGACAACACAACACACUUGAACUGUGAUGUAUUUGAGAAGAUCCUACACUAUGGUAUAGAAGGAGUAGAGUCAAAGAGAGUGUUCGAAUGCACGGAUGAAAUUGUCGAUCCGAUAAGGUUGGGUGGACUUAACUUAAAAAUGAACGAACAUCCAAUUCUGUUGUCAGAAGCAAACAUACAUAAUCAUAAGAUGAGAGCACAGAUGACGGAAAUACUGUUCGAGACAUUUAACAUCCCUGCAUUGUAUUUUGCAAAGAAAGCCAAGUUAUCUGCCUUCAGCUUAGGUCGAUGUAGUGCACUAGUUGUUGACAUCGGGGCCAGCUCUCUCAAUAUAACUCCCGUGUAUGAAGGAUAUGUCCUGCAGAAGAAUUCCUUCGAAUUUAACAUUGGCGGGGAUUACUUCGACCGCCUGAUUUAUGGCUUGCUCAAGAAGGAGCAAGUGAAGGUUGUCCCGUACUACCAGCAGAGCCUCAAGUGGAGAGCCGGUGUGGCUAGCUCUUCAGGUAACAGCUGGGGUAACGGUGCAACCUACCUUAAUAAUGUGCAUACCUCGUAUGAGGAAGAAGCCAUUUUAGAUGUCAUUCGCUACAUGAAGGAGAGCAUCUGCAAAGUUCGCGUCGGACAAAAUGGAACCACUAAUAAAAAGAAUGAAAGCGCAAUAGGAAAUCCGAAAAAUGGAAAGGAGGUGGAAUCCCCUGGCCAAACAAAUAAUGGUGCAAAAAAUGUUAAUGCACCCAAAUGGAAAACGGAGCAAGAGGAGGAGGAAGAGGAAUUUUUUGAAUUACCCGAUGGAGUAAAAAUCAAGACAGAUAAAUACAGAUACGACAUUGCAGAAGAAUUAUUUCGUGCCCUUCCAUCGGAUCAUAAUUUUAAUGGGCUGCCAGAUGCAAUAGUGAAAUGUAUCAUCUCUUCCGAUGUAGACAUACGGAAGGAAUUGCUCCAGGCCAUUAUUGUCACGGGUGGAUCUUCUCUUUUCCCAGGGCUCAUUGAUCGACUGUACAAUUCUCUAAGGGAGAAAGAAUGUUUUUCUCAAACCAUCAAAAUGAAGAUUCUAAACAUGUCUUCUUCCGUGGAGAGUUUAUACUCGUCCUGGUUGGGGGGUUCCAUACUCUCCAGUCUGGGUACCUUCCAGCAGGUGUGGGUUUCCCGGAAAGAGUACGAAGAGGAUGGUCACGCCAUCGUCCUCGAUCGUUGCUUCUGA